ACGCCCCGCCCCUUCCGCUUAUUAGGUCCUCCCUUCCGGCUGCUGAACCGCCCGGCUGAGCCGACAUUGAGGGCGUCCUAGCGAUUCGACCCGACGCGCUCCGUUCUCGCGACAUAAUGGUGGCAUAUUGGCGACAGGCUGGACUCAGCUACAUCCGAUACUCCCAGAUAUGUGCAAAAGCAGUGAGAGAUGCACUGAAGACAGAAUUCAAAGCAAAUGCCGAGAAGACUUCUGGCAGCAGCGUAAAAAUUGUGAAAGUAAAAAAGGAAUAAUCUACCCUGACUAAAGCUUAAAAUGCUACAUUUUCAAGGUGAAGAUGUGUGGGCACAUGUUAUGGCAGAUUGAAAACGAUCUCACUUCAUGAAAAAAAAUGCCUGUCUUGUUCGUAAAUUGACAUUGCCAAUAAAUUGAAGUAUGGUUCACUCUUA